AUGGCGCUGGUCCCACGAAACUUCGUCUUCCCGAAUACUGCGAGCUUCAUCCAGUCUGAGAACCAUCGCGAUGUCCUGGACAUUGUCGACAAACUUCGCUCUCGCGGAGUAAGCCACUACGUCGAUCUCCCUCAGAUCAUUGUGUGCGGCAGCCAGUCUUCCGGAAAGAGUGCAACCCUUGAGGCACUUUCGGGAAUAUCUUUUCCUACUGCUGAGGGGCUGUGCACACGUUUUGCAACUGAGCUGAUACUUCGUCGAGGAGACAAGACCGAGAUCAGCGUCCAUAUCCACCCAGCAGCUGGGCGCACGGAGAAAGAGAAAAUCGACUUGGCGGCUUUCGCCCCAACGACGACCGAUCGUGACAAUGUCGGCAAAAUCAUCGAGUCAGCCAAGGUUGCCAUGGGGCUUACAGGAGAUGGGGCCAAAGUCUUCAGCACCGACAUACUACGGAUUGAGCUUGUCUCGCCUGACCAGCCGAACUUGACGAUUGUGGAUCUUCCUGGCUUGUUUGGCGCCUCCGACAAGAAUCAAACAGAUGCAGACUCCACGAUCGUCCACGAGCUAGUGACGACCUACAUGAAGCAGCGUCGUAGCAUUAUUCUAGCAGUUGUUGCUGCUGAUAAUGCAUUCGCAAACCAACCUGUCACCAAACUCGCUCGAGACAUCGAUCCAAACGGAACCAGAACUCUCGGUCUGCUGACGAAGCCCGACAAGGUCGACAAAGGCUCAGACACAGAGAAAUACUACAUCGAGCUUGCGCAGAAUCGAAAUGUCGUGUUGACACUGGGUUGGCACGUGCUACGCAAUAAGGGAUUCGACACGCUCGAUGACACGCCUGAGCAGAGGGCAGAGAGAGAGGCGGCAUUCUUCAGAGACUCGGCAUGGAGCAUCCUGGAGCCAGAACAGCUUGGCGCUGAAAACCUGCAGAAGCGGCUGCGCGAGAUCCUGUGGAACCAAAUUCGUCAAGGGCUUCCAGGAGUCAAAACUGACGUCCAGAAGGGCAUUCGCGACUGCCAGGUGAAGUUGGCGCAGCUCGGUUCCGCGAGAGACAGCAGGAAGGAGAAGCAGAAGUACCUGAUGAGCAUCAGCAGUCGCCUCACCAAGCUGAUGCAAGCUGCCGUCGAUGGGGUUUACGCUGACCAAUUUUUCGAGUCCUACCCUGGCCAACAGGAUGCUUUCGAGCGCCGUUUACGGGCGAAUGUGCAGAAGACCCUCACCAAGUACUCGGAGAAAAUGACUGCAGAUGGCCAUGCGCUCGAGGUGGUCGAGGAUGACCUGGAUCCUCAGAGGGUCUCCAAUUUCGUCUACCGCAGCGACUAUUUGCGCACUGUCAAAUCCUUGAUGGAGAAGUGUCGAGGUAGGGAGCUGCCAGGCACAUAUAACCCCAUGGUCGUGAGUGACUUGUUCAGUCGGCAGUGCAAGCCAUGGCAAGCCAUCUCUCAAAACCUCGUUGAACGCAUCCACGAGGCCGCGGCGAUUACUUUCAACAAGCUCCUGUCCGAGAUCUGCGAUGUGAACACAAAGACUCGUUUGAUGAAGGGAAUGAUUCAACCCUCUUUGUAUCUCCUACGCAAGAACCUGAAGGAUACUGUUGCCGAGCUCUUGCAGCCUCACCUCUCAAUUCAUCCAAUCACGUACAACGAAUACCUGACGGAGGCAGUCCAGAAAAUCCAAGGGGAUCGUCACAAGCGCAAGUUUGAUCGGGCAUCUUUCGAGAGCUGUGGAUGGGACACAGAGACUGUGGACGCGGGCGAAUGCGACGUCGCGCUGAGCAAGUUCGUUGAUGACAUUAGUGUCAACGCUGUGGAGACAUGCCUCGUCCAGAAAUUGCCUGACGUGUUUUCCCCCGAGGUGGUCUGGGGUCUCGAGGAUGAGCAGAUAGACAGGCUCGGAUCCGAGGACGACAGCACCAUACGGAAUCGUCACGAGCUGCAGGAGAAGCUAAGUGUUCUCGAGGACGGUUUGAGGGACCUUGAUGCUUUCACAACUCGCAGCUCGAUGUGA